AUAAUCUAUAUUGCAACUGAUUGCAGAUGUAGACAUACAAAGUGCUUUCAAACGCAAGUAAUUCAAUGUCAGCUAACAAUUCAGUGCUGGUUUCAAUUUGUUUUUAUUAGCACUUCAAAGUUAUCUGGUGGUCUAGAUUAUGGAGUGGUUUUUCUGGGCUAUAGCUGUAGUUUCAACUGGUUUAGCAAUUAUUCUGCUGGAAGUUGCAAAGGUAAUAUGGUGGAAACCGCUGCACUUCAAAAAGCUCUUUGAAGCUCAAGGAAUUCAAGGCCCUUCUUACAAUUUUAUCUAUGGGAAUGCUCCUGAUAUUGUUAGAAUGGCCAGACAGGAGAGCUCUAACACAAAAUCACUGUCAGGACACAACAUAGUUCCUCGGGUUCUUCCAGCUUUUCAUCAAUGGAGGAAAACAUAUGGGCAGAAGUAUAUUUAUUGGUUUGGGAAUAAACCAAGACUUUAUGUUCCUGAUCCUGAGCUUGUGAGGGAGAUACUAUCUAACAAGUUUGGGCACUACAAAAAACUUCAAGGUAAUCCUACGCCAAAGGAACAUCGGGGACUUGUAACGUUAGAGGGUGAAAAAUGGGCGCAACAUAGGAGAGUCAUUAAUCCUUCUUUUCAUAUGGAAGUCUUGAAGGGCAUGAUUCCUGAAAUUGCAGAGUGUGGGACCAAUAUGAUUGAAGAAUGGAAGACAUUGGUAUCUUCAGGUGCCAAUGAAAUAAACGUUUUGAAAGAGUUUUCUUGUCUUACAUCAGAUGUUAUUUCGCGCACAGCAUUUGGAAGCAGUUACGCAGAGGGAAAGCACCUGUUCCAUUUACUGUCCGAGCUAAUCCUGCUCAGAUUUGAAAAAUCUCGCAGAGUUUUUAUCCCGGGUUCCAGGUUUCUUCCUACAAAAAAGAAUAUGCAAGAUUGGUCAUUGACAAAAAAGGUCAGAAACUGUGCAAGACAGGUGAUUGAAAGCAGAGAGAGGACUGUUGGCCUUGGAAAGUCAGUGAACUAUGGUACUGAUUUACUUGGACAAAUGAUGAGUUCCAACAAGAAACAAGGAGGAAAAGUGCAGAGUAACAUUCACAUGACAACAGAUGAAAUAAUUUCUGAAUGCCUAACUUUCUAUACAGCUGGACAGGAAACUACAACAAUCCUCUUGACAUGGACCAUGAUCUUGUUGGGAAUGCAUCAGGACUGGCAAGAACUUGCACGUAAGGAGGUCUUAGAAGUGUGCGGGAAAAACGAUUUUCCAACUGCAGACACUGUAAAUAGCCUAAAGAUUAUGGGGAUGAUUUUCAAUGAAUCCAUGCGGCUUUAUCCACCUAUAGUAACACUAUUCCGACAAACGGAAAAGCCAAUGAAGCUUGGCAGACUCACAAUUCCUGCAGGUACGCAACUGCAGAUUCCAAUCCUUGCAAUGCACCAUGAUCCAUCUGUAUGGGGAGACAACGUGUACGAGUUCAACCCAGAGCGGUUCAGAGAAGGAAUUUCAAAAGCUGCCAAGCAUCCGAAUGCAUUCAUGCCAUUUUCAUUAGGCCCAAGGGUUUGCAUUGGACAAAACUUUGCGAUAUUGGAGGCCAAAGUAGUGCUAGCCAUGAUUCUUCAACGGUUUUCCUUUGUGAUUUCACCCAAUUACAUCCACGCCCCUGUACAUUCGCUCUCACUUAAGCCCCAGUUUGGAGCUCAGGUAAUUCUGCACAUGAAUUAAAUUAAUUAAUGAAGAAUUUUGAGUAAAUAUUCUAAAUUUUUUGAAAAAACAAAAUUAUAUUGUAAAAGAUUUGAAUUCAGUACCAUUUUUUUUUUGACAUUGUGAAAUAACUGUGAUUAAGAUCAUAUGUUAUGAAAAGUAAACAGACUUGUUUAAUAUAAAGUAUCUUAAGAAUUUUGAUAUUA